UUGUUUGGGUUCGUCGGGAAGUGGAGGAGUGGCCGCAUGACAGACUGGCAGAUAGCUCCGCUGCUCGCCGGGCUGCAGGACACGAUCAUGGGGAGCACUUUGGUCAAGUGUGCCGCCACCGACCUGGGGAUCCAGUGGGCCGGCUGGGCUCUGGCCGCAGCCUUCAAAACCGAGAAGUUCUAUGAUUUAGCAGGCUCUGGCACAUUUAUACUGCUUGCACACCUGAGUCGUAUCUGGGGAGGAGCCAGACAUACCCGUCAGAAGGUGCAGACCGGGUUGGUGACAGCAUGGGGACUCCGACUGGGGACAUUCCUCUUUAUGCGGAUCAUGAAGGACGGUCAUGAUCGCAGGUUCAACAAUGUCAGAGACAGCCCAGGGACUUUCUUCGUGUACUGGACCAUUCAAGCCUUGUGGGUAUUUGGAACCCUCCUGCCGACCCUUAUGCUGAACAGUGAGAAGCGUUAUGUGCCUUUGGGGGCGAGGGACUACAUCGGCUGGACCAUUUGGGGCCUCGGCUUUGCAACAGAGGCUAUUGCCGACCAGCAAAAGUGGAAUUUCAAGCGUGACCCAGACAACGCCGGGAAGUUUAUCCAGAGCGGGCUGUGGGGCUACAGCAGACACCCCAACUACUUCGGAGAGAUCCUGCAGUGGUCGGGCCUCUGGCUCUCAGCCUCAUCGGUGAUGGAGGGGCCCCAGUACCUGAGCGUGGCCUCGCCCCUGUUCGUCUGGUUCCUGCUGCGCUACGUCAGCGGCAUUCCUAUCCUCGAGCAGCAGGCAAUGAAGAAGUGGGGGUCCGAUCCGGCCUUCCAGGAAUACGUCAAGAACACUCCCCUCCUCUGGCCAUGGGCUAAAUUUUGA